UCAGCACGGCAACGAGAUGGGUCAUGGUUUGUCACGUUACUUAGUGUUAAUACUGCUCAGCUCAACAAUAGGCUGACUAGAUGUCUUCUGUUUCGAACCUACGUGACGAUUGUGAGAGCAUCUCUCAUUCUGAGAUCUCACUCGACCUGGAGUCUCAUUUGGUUUUGAGCUGUUGAUCAUGUCAUAUGCGUUGCAUUUUCUGCUUCUUUUCAUCACCUUGUCAUUUCAAACGUGUGAGGCUAAUUCUCAGGGCUACAAUGAGGAUACCAGGGAGACAUUAAAGUCUAUAAGAGGGAUCUCUCUUUUUGUCCUUAUAGAGAAAAGUAGCUGUCAGCCUCGUGAAACUUUGGUCAAGGUAUGUGAUGAAUUUCCAGAGCAGAUCCAGUACACCAUUGUGCCUAGAUGUGUAGCAGUGAUGCGGUGUUUGGGCUGUUGUACAGAUGAGGCAACAACAUGCAUGCCUCAAAAAAACAAGACAGUCGAGUUGCAGGUGCUUCGUGUUUACUCUGACAAAUCAAAUGUAAUCAUGCUGCCAUUUGUGAUGCACACUAAGUGUGCGUGCAGACCAAGGAGGAAUCGUUUGAAUUAGACUGACUUCACUGAAUGAAUAAUGUGUAAUUGAAUAAUUUUUAACUUGAAUUUUUGUUACAUUUUAAUUAUGUUGUGUUUAAAAUAUUUAAAAAAUAAUUUUAUGAACAUUUAAUAAUAGUUUUUUUAAAUAAAAUAAUAAUAAUAAAACUAAUACUAAAUAAAAUUGCAUAAACUCUUGUGUGAAUUCUGUGAACUGAUAUAUAAAAUGCAUAAACAUAUUUAAAGGUUUUUAGAUGUACUUCUGAUAUUCUUAUUAAUACUUUUGAUAUUUUUUUGUAUUUUUUUGCUUGAUUUUUUUUAUCUAGGAUCAUUUAUAUGGUCUACACGAAAUACACAAGAUUUUUUUUUUCACAAAUAGGAAUUUGGAACAUUGAACCAUAAUAAGGACUAUAUUUAACAUGUUGGAAAAUUACUUAUUUUACUCUUGACUCACAGGCUGCAAGGUAAAAAAUGUUGGAAAAGUUUUAUUAGUAGUUGCUGGAUUUUUGAAGGGGAAAUUUUGUUUUACUCACCAAAACUGUUUAUUUUUAUUUUUUAAAUAAAUGCAGUA